GUAUAUUGAAGACGUGUUUAUAAUAGUUGUCACCGAAACUUGGAAAUCAUGGAAAUGAAACCAAACGUAGAGGAUAAGGUUGAUGUCCAAUACUCAGAUGUCGAGACGGGAAAGGAAGAUGAAAAAGAGGAUGAGAUUGAGCGUGAGCAGUGGAUCGGGAAGGCUGAUUUUGUAUUAGCGUUGAUCGGAUUCUCCGUCGGGUUGGGUAAUAUUUGGCGAUUUCCCUAUCUGUGUUACAAGAAUGGAGGAGGAGCUUUUUUGAUUCCUUACUUUAUCAUGUUGUUGGGGGCUGGAGCUCCUCUUCUUAUUCUUGAGGUUGGUUUGGGUCAGUUCAUGAGUCAAGGUGGCAUCACAGCAUGGUUGAUCUGCCCUCUCUUCCAAGGUAUCGGUUAUGCGAAUACAGUAAUUGUCCAAUGGCUUAACAUCUAUUACAUUGUGAUCUUAGCCUGGGCGUUUUUCUACAUGUUUCAUUCAUUCACGGCGAAACUACCCUGGGAGACGUGCGGUAACUGGUGGAACACUCCGGCCUGCGUUGAUGACUACAUCAGUAGCAGUAACAGUUCGGGUUUGAACAGUACACUAGAUGUUAAUGCAACACGUGUUGCAUCAGUUGUGGAAUUUUGGGAGAGAAAAGCGCUAAAAUUAUCAGAUGGCAUUGAGGAUAUGGGUAGUAUGAACUGGCCAAUGGCAGGAUGUCUUCUAGUCGCUUGGAUCACUGUUUAUUUGUGUGUCUUCAAAGGCGUAAAAUCUACUGGAAGGGUUGUCUACUUCACCGCUACAUUCCCAUAUGUUCUAAUUACCAUUCUGUGUAUUCGUGCUGUCACGUUACCAAACGCUAUCGAAGGGAUUAUUUUUUAUUUGAAGCCAGAUGUUGAGCGUUUGAAAGACAGUCAGGUUUGGAUUGAUGCUGGAACACAGAUCUUCUUUUCUUAUUCUAUUGGUCUUGGUACACUAGUAGCUUUGGGAAGUUAUAAUAAGUUCAAAAACAAUUUUGUAAGGGAUUGUAUUAUAUUCGCUUGUUUCAAUAGCGGUACAAGUAUAUACGGUGGGUUUGUCAUUUUCUCAACGUUGGGAUUUAUGGCCGGAAAAUACAAUGUACCAGUUGGUGAAGUAGCAAAAUCAGGUCCAGGACUGGCCUUUAUUGCUUAUCCGGCAGCGGUCGCGGAGAUGCCAAUUGCACCGUUAUGGUCUAUAUUGUUCUUCUUUAUGGUUAUUCUACUGGGAUUGGAUAGCGAGUUUGUUGGCGUUGAAGGUUUUGUAACUGCCAUCUGUGAUCUUUUCCCGAAACAACUGAGAACAGGGAAAUACAGGAAACCUCUGUUCAUUGCUGGCUGUUGCUUUAUUUGGUUCCUGGUUGGUUUAAUUCUCAUCAUGGAGGGUGGAAUGUACGUGUUCCAGAUAUUUGAUUACUAUUGUGCCAGUGGUAUUGCACUGUUAUGGGUGUCCUUCUUUGAAGCUGCUGCUAUUGGUUGGGUCUAUGGAUCUAAACGUAUGUACCAACAUUUUGAACAUAUGCUUGGAUGGAGGCCUGAUCCAUGGAAUCGCAUAUGCUGGAUUGUGUUUACUCCUCUCUUUUGUGCAAGUAUUUUCAUCUUCAGUUGUGUUAGUUACAGUCCUCUGACUUAUGAAAGAUCCUGGGGUGAAUAUGUUUACCCUGAUUGGGCCAUCGGCUUAGGCUGGGUCAUGGCCUUGUCUUCUAUUAUCUGCAUACCAAUAGCAGCCACUGCUAGGAUGAUUAUGGUUCCUGGCAGUUUCAAUGAAGUAGGUCUUUUAGAACGGUUUCGUUACUGCAUCACCCCACAACUCAAGCCUUAUCAGCUUCGUAGAGAAGAAGCAAAACCGACGAUAAUAAUGACGACCGGUGUAUUCAACAUUGAUACCACAGAGCCACUGAACGGCAAUCCACCUCCAUACAAUGGAUACUCAAAAGAUAAAGAAGCAGAACUUCAAUAUAUGAAGUAAGUGUGUAACCAUGGUGAUGACAUGCUGAUGAGGAAGGAAGAUGGCUCUACUAACAACACUCAUCGAUGUUGAACCCGCAGCAUGAGAACAUUGCAGUGUACAGUACUCCCUAGAGUACAAAUAAAGAAAGGGGGUAAUUCUCUUUAUAAAUUGGGAAGCUUGCAACAUGCCUUUCGUGUUAUAACCCCUCUCGUCAUUGGAUGCACUAUAUUGUACUGUACUACAAAUGAACAUGCAAGUGUUUCGAAACACUUAUUUCAACUGGCAGCAUUUUCAAAAACCUGGUGUAUCCGAGAUAUUAACUUGAUACUGUUACUGAAACGAAUGUUCGGUGGCGCCUGGGUAGUUUGCCAAUCAUCAGACAGACAUUCCCCUCCCAGCAUGUGUAACAAUCCCCCUGAGUUUUAUUCAAAGUAAUGUUCCCCUACAACAAAUAUUGUUGGCAUAGCAACUGGCAAUCUGCUGAAGUUGCAAGUUUCAUAAUAAGCGAUCGGUAUUUUGAAUAUUAUGGGUGGGAAAUCUGUUGAG